AUGGAGGCCCUGAGAAUCCACAAAGCCAUUCAUGCCAUUGUCAGUCGUCACUCAAUGCUCCGUGCGAGAUUCUCCCGCGGGAAUCAGGGUGAUUGGACGCAGAGUGUGAGUGAUAAGGUGGAGGAAUCAUUUACCUUUCAGGUUGAGAGGAUAGAGGACCGAAGCAAUCUGUACAAGAUUCUGGCAGAGCGAAACUCUGCUUUCGAUAUAAGCCAAGGCCCUAUAUUCGCCGCCCACCUGUUUAACAUCAAUAAUGGGAGCCAGGAACAGCUUCCCCUUCUCUCAGGCCAUCACCUCGUAAUUGACGUCGUUUCCUGGCUUGUAAUUCUUGGUGACAUGGCAGAAUUCCUGAUCAGGUCCAAGCCCGGCCUACCGUCUUUGGAGAAACCCCUCUCCUUCCAAACCUGGCUGUGUUCACAACAAGAGCAGCCCCAAGAAAAUCUGGUGCAGGCUAACGGGCUCGAUUCCUCCCUGAAUAGCAUGCAAGCACUUGAUCUCACCUAUUGGGGCAUGACCGACCAGGCCAAUAAGUACGGUAGCGAUGUAGAACUAUCCUUCUCAUUAGACGAGGGAGAAACUGCAAGGCUGUUAAGUGGAUAUGGUAAUAGGUCGACACCUGCUGCGGCCGAGUCUGUUGACAUUAUGGUAGCAACUCUGCUGCAAGCAUUUUCAGCUGUGUUCACCGACCACUCAAUACUCCCUACCGUGUUCUCUGAAGGCCAUGGCCGCGAGUCUGCAGAUAAGGAUGUCGAUCCUUCGGGAACAGUUGGCUGGUUCACCACUCUGACACCUCUGCACGUAGUGUCGGUCGAUGAUAAUAUUGUGAACACGAUACGGGAGGUGCAGAAGGCCCGGUUACAGAUGAAGCUCCUCGGGGCCACGUCUCAGUGUUGCUUCCAACAACUCGAGUCAAAAGAGGGUCUCUUUUCAAAUGCUCCGCUAUUAGAGAAUGAGAUUAUCAUUGACAACGGCCCUGAGCUGAACCGCCUUGCUCUAUUUGAUGUUUCCGCCAUCGUCACGGGUGGGAGACUCAAGAUGACAGUCAAGUACAACAGGAGGAUGCAACACCAGAAUAAAAUUCAUGAAUGGGUUAUGACUAUGCACUCCUUACUAAAGGUCGCGGAUGAAAGCUUGAGCAGCUUGAACGCAUCUGAAUUGGAAACCCUAUUCGCCAAGUCUGGCAGCGAAACGAAGAAGGAGACAUUAUCUUCAAAAGAACAGAUGCUUAAUAAUUUGGGAGUUGAUAUGGCAAAUGUACAAGAGAUUGUACCAUGCGCGGCUUUGCAGCAACACAUGGUAUCACUGAUGGCUCAGCAGAGUGGACUGGGCAUUUACGAGGUCGAGCUCGCCUUUCACAUCACAGGAGACAAUGUCAAUACAGCAAAGCUCGAAUCAGCUGAUUUACGGGCAGGCUUCCAUGAACAGGUAGUGCUCGCACAUUAUACGGCCAAUGUGCCCGUCAUCACCUGUGUCGACAAGCAUGACCUUGUCGCACAAGCGCAAGCCUACAGAUCCGUUGACUACCGAAGUUUCAAUCGUCCGCAUCAUCAGCUUACCAUCUUCACAAGUAAUGAUGGGGCUCACAAAGCAUGCAAAUUGGAGAUGAGCCACGCUCUGAAUGAUGGCGUCUCUACAGCUCUCAUACUUCGUGAUGUGCAACAAGCGUACCAAGGACAGCUGAAAGAAGGCCCGGGACCUGCAUUCAGCAGCUUUGUCUUUUGGCAAAACGCGCAAAUAAAAGCCAAGUCAUCCGAUUACUGGCAAAAGUUUGCGCGCGGAAUACAGGCGUCUCCAAUACCAGCCAAAGAGCAGCUGCGACAAGACACAAAGUAUUUGAUGUAG